AUGUUCAGACUCAGCGGUCGCUCUCCCAGCGACGUCGAAGAAGUGAUGAAGAAAUCACAUACCUCGUCCUGGAAACCGGCGCUGAGGAGGUUGAUCUCGCGGGGAAAGGCGGUGGAGAAGGAGGAGAAGGAAGAGGAGGAUUUGAAAGUGACGAGGUUGCUAUCGAGGAACUCGUAUCAAGCGUUGGAUAAUCAACGCGCGAAUCCGAGGUUGAGGGAUGGGAGGAGUAUUAGGGUUAAACAGCAAGAAGACGAGAUGCCUGAAGUACAGUCGCAACAGCACAGGAUACAACCUCUUCAGCAACAUCCUUACCGGGCACCACCUCCGCCUAGGAUACAAUCGCAAAAUAUACAGCCUCCUCCUCAGCAAACUCCUCAUCAAAAACCAAUUCGCGCUCGUCCCUCCUCCCACGCACCCACGCCAUUAGAAGCAGACGAUUUCGCCCUCCUCCUAACCAAAAAAUUACGGCGCGCAUCACAAAUCCAAGAACCACCAAAUUUCUCCCCUCAUAUCCUCACUUCCCAGCCCAACACCUCACCUCCAGUAAUCCUAACCGCACCACCCCUCCCACCGCCCACCCGGACUCGGAUUUUCAUCCAUCCCUCGCCCUCGCCUCCAAAGUCAAAAUCCCACCAAAACCCCCCAGCUAAACCCAUCUUCCCCGAGAAACAUCAAUCCCAAGUCCCAGACGACUCAACCGAUUUCCUCGAAUUCCUCCGCCGCUCGCAGCUCGAUCAAGCGGACUGGCUCAACACCCACCGCCGUAUCUCGCAUGGGGGAGCGAUGCCCAAGACGAAGGGCGUGAUGGAUGACAUCACCGCGAAGCGUCGAAGCGUCGCUAUCUUAAACCAUACGCUUUCUAAUGACCAAGAUGAGAGAGCGAAACGGGGGAGUGGCGGGGAGGGGAAGAGGGCGAGUAAAAAUGGAAAGAGGGCGAGUAAAGAGGGUAUAAGUAGUACAGGUAAAAGAACAGGGAAAAGAGAAAAGGAAAUACUAGUUAGCAUGGUCGGACGCGUAGGAACGUAUAUCCGACCAGUGAACGAGAAUAAGGUAGUGGAAGGGCGGAAGUAUUAUCGGGAUGGCGGCGUUAGGGAGGAGAAGCGACGGAGUUUAUUUGGUGGGAUCGGUGCGUAA